AUAUUACACCAACUGACUGGUUCUUCUGAUGUGCACACAGGAGAUCAUGUUGAGACAUUCUCUACAUCCAGAGAGCAACAGCAGGAAGAUCACAGAGCUAAGAGGUCUCACCACUGCCCACAUUGUGAGGAGAUUUUCCCAGUUCUGUCAAAGCUAAAAAUACACCUAAAAAUACACACAGGAGAGAAUCUGUAUUCCUGCACUGACUGUGAAAAGAGUUUCUCUCACUCGAGCUAUCUAAAACAACAUGAACGUAUACACAAAGGAGAGAAGCCUUACUCCUGCUCCGACUGUGGAAAAUGCUUCAUAACAUCAGCUGUUCUGAAAGUUCACUGGAGAACACACACUGGAGAAAGGCCUUACUUCUGCUCUGACUGUGGAAAGAGUUUCUCUCAACUGAGCCACCUAAAACAACAUGAACGUAUACACACAGGAGAGAAGCCUUACUCCUGCUCUGACUGUGGAAAAUGCUUCACACAAUCAUCUGAGCUAAAAGUUCAUCAAAGAACACACACCGGAGAGAAGCCUUACUCCUGCUCGGACUGUGGAAAUAGUUUCUCUCGACUGUGCAACUUUAAAACACAUGAACGUAUACACACAGGAGAGAAGCCUUUCUCCUGCUCGGACUGUGGAAAAUGCUUCAUACAAUCAUCUGAGCUAAAAGUUCAUCAAAGAACACACACCGGAGAGAAGCCUUACUCCUGCUCUGACUGUGGAAAUAGUUUCUCUCGACUGAGCAACUUUAAAACACAUGAACGUAUACACACAGGAGAGAAGCCUUACUCCUGCUCUGACUGUGGGGCGAGUUUCUCAAUCGAGCCACCUAAAACAACAUGAACGUAUACACACAGGAGAGAAGCCUUUCUCCUGCUCGGACUGUGGAAAAUGCUUCAGAACAUCACCUGAGCUAAAAGUUCACCAGAGAACACACAC